AUGGAGAACCUUUUCAAAGCCAUCGAUUUCUACAGCGGCAAUAAGCAACACAAGAACCACCCCCGAAUCAAGACUGAGGCGCAACACUUCGAAAGGACAAGACAUGAGGACAAUUGCAUGUUCAGCAGUUCAAUGCUUGGGCAUGAAGCUAGCCAACACAGACAAUCCAAGCACCACUCACAUACUCGCGCAUUCAAGCGAACCAACACCCCCGUGCCAACCACUCCUCAUGAGCUCAAAGGGCGAGGCGAGCAAAUAGAAGGGACGAGAGGCACCGGCCCUACACCAUUAGGCAUGAGCAAUACGUUGAGCUGGGACAUUCGAGGAAACCAUCAAAUUCAAGGCUUAUCAAGCAACACGAGGGGUGGGCCCUGUGCGACAUAUCAUAGUCAGGAGGAUGCACCACUUGAUUGCCCACCAGCAUGUGGAAGGAGGUACAUGGAAGGAAGGGGUGGCAGUUUGCCAACCCCCCUUCGAAAAGGGCCCCUUGGUUGCGACCCCCAUGACUUUGGUCCUUGUGACUCUGGCCCCUCUAGUGCUGGCCCCAAUGACUUUGGCCCUUGUGGCUCCGGCCUCUCUGGUGCUGGCCUCAAUGGCUUUGGCCCUGAUGGUGUUGGCCCUAAUGGCUCUGGCCCUUGUGGCUCUGGCCCCUCAGGUGCUGGCCCUAAUGGCUUUGGCCCUAAUGGCACUAGCGCUGAUAACUUCGGCCCUUAUGGCUCCGGCUUCUCUGGUGCUGGCCCCAUUGAUUUUAGCCCUUGUGGCUGA